AUGUGUUGGGAAAAUAGACGCAGCUUCCGGGCCACAGCGGAACCGCAUUCACAGCAGCUCAACAUGAAUCCUCUGACGAAAGUGCGUCUCAUCAAUGAGCUGAACGAGCGUGAGGCUGACCUCGGCAUCAAAGAGACUGUGUCCUGGCACUCGGAGUAUUCAGACAGCGCCUGGAUCUUUGUGGGAGGAUUGCCGUACGAGCUCAGCGAGGGCGACGUCGUCUGUGUUUUCUCUCAGUAUGGGGAGGUGGUGAACAUGAACCUGGUUCGGGAUAAGAAAACUGGAAAGUCCAAAGGAUUCUGUUUCAUCUGUUACGAAGAUCAGAGAAGCACCAUCUUAGCUGUGGACAACUUCAACGGCAUCAAGAUCAAAGGGCGGACUCUGCGCGUGGACCAUGUGAAGGACUAUAAACCUCCCAAAGACCAUGAGGACAUCGAUGACAUCACCAGGAGCCUGAGGGAACAGGGCUGUGCCCCGUCUGUGAGCCAGGGGGCGGGGUCUGUGAGCCAGGGGGCGGAGUCAGAGGAGGAGCUUGUGCCGGUGAAGAAGAGCAAGAAAGACAAGAAAGAGAAGAAGAAGAAGAAGAAAGAGAAGAAGAAGAAAAGAGAGCUGCGUUCCCCAAGCUCCUCUGUGUCGCCCCCCAGAGCUGUGGCAGCCAGUGCCCGCCCCGGGGCAGACGCGGCUCCGGCUAUCAGAGUGAAGGAGGAAAGACACGACGCAGGAUACGACAAAUACAGGCGUACGGAGGUCCAGCAGGGGGCGCAAUGGAGAGAGGAGGAAAGCCAGCAGGGGCCGCCGAGGGGCAGAGACAGGGAAGAGUGGAGACAGGAGGAGGAGAGGAGGGAGCCAAAACGAGAGAGAAGAGAAGAAAGGAUUAUGAGUUAUGGGUCUGAUAUGAGGAGGGAGGAGACGAGGAGAGAAGAGGGGAGGAGGGAGGAGGGGAGAAGAGAAGAGGGGAGGAGGGAGGAUGGGUGGAGGGAGGAGACUAGGAGAGAGGAUGGGAGGAGGGAACCCAAGCGAGAGAGGAGAGAUGAGAGGAGUUAUGGGUCUGACCGGAGCAGAGAGGAGGGGAGGAGGGAGGAGAGGAGUUCUGAAUCCCACAGACAACGGGAGAAGAGGAGAGAGGAUCGAGAGGAGAGGAGGAGAGAGGAUCGAGAGGAGAGGAGGAGAGAGGAGGGGCGCGAGAGGGACAGGGAGGACAGAAGACAAGACCAAUAA